CUUUCUCUUCAACGUUUAGUGCUGCAAAGCAUGGAGGCCGUCGACCCACCACUCCAAACCACCUACAACACCCUCUUGAGGAAGAGCUCCAUCAACAGCCACCCGGUCGUCGUCGUCGCCGGCGCCGCCGUGGACGAACGUGACCUGCCGCUGAUCGAUCUGGCCCGUCUGAGCCAGGGAGAAGCGGAGAGAGAGGAGUGCAAGAGAGAGAUAGCCAGAGCUGCGCGAGAAUGGGGUUUCUUUCAGAUAGUGAACCACGGGAUCUCCGGCGAGAUUCUGGAGAGGAUGAGGACAGAGCAGGAGAAGCUGUUCAAGCAGCCGUUUCAGGUGAAGACGGAGGACAAGGUCCAGAACUUCUCCGCCGGAAGCUACCGGUGGGGCGGGCCGACGGCGACCUGCCUCCAGCAGUUGUCGUGGUUGGAAGCCUUUCAUGUUCCCUUCAGCGAUAUUCAUGCCGAUAUCUCGGCUUCCGGCGGCUCCAGCACUCUCAGCUUGAUAAUAGAACAAUUUGCUGCAGUAGCAUCAAAUCUUGCACGAAGAUUAGCCGAAAUACUAGCAGAGAAAAUGGGUCAAGAUGCAUCUUUCUUUGAAGAGAAUUGUUCUCCCAGUGCUUGCUACAUAAGAAUGAAUAGAUACCCACCGUGUCCCAUGUCUUCUGAAGUGUAUGGGCUAAUGCCCCACACUGAUAGUGACUUCCUCACUGUGCUACACCAGGAUCAAAUUGGGGGAUUGCAACUUAUCAAAGGUGGGAAAUGGAUUGCUGUUAAACCCAAUCCCCAAGCCCUUGUUAUCAACAUUGGUGACUUGUUUCAGGCUUGGAGCAAUGGGGUAUAUAAAAGUGUGGAACACAAAGUGGUUGCCAACAAGAAAGCGGAUAGGUUCUCCACAGCAUAUUUCUUCUGCCCUUCUUAUGACACGGUGAUACAAAGUUGCAUGGAGCCUUCGAUCUACAGAAACUUCAGCUUUAGGGAGUACAGGCAGCAAGUCCAAGAUGAUGUUAAAAAAUAUGGUAACAAAGUUGGGCUUCCCAGGUUCCUCAUUUGACCGCCUAGCCACUUCAACCUAUUCCCAGACCAUCUCGAGGUUGAGUAUAGUGAACCCCAAGUGGGGUGAUAACUAGUUAGUUUAUGUGAGUGUCUGGAAGAACUCUAUUGUACAUAAAUUAUGUCAUAAGUAUCUGAACAUGUAAUAUGAGUGUAUGGACUGAGUUAGUUUUCGGUAUUGUACUAGAGUUUGUAUUAUGAGCAUUGGGAGACUCUGAUGUAUAUUAGUAACAUAGAACUCUGGUAAUGGAUUUUCGAGAA